CAAAUGUUGAAGCUUAUAGAAUUUGCUGGGCGUUUAAUUUUUGAAGAAUUCGAUCAAAUUGAGGCUUUGAUGGUACAUAGUUAUGCUGAUAAUUUAGCUGAACUAAGGGAGGAGAGAUCGAUGAAUGGUUUUAAACUAGCAAGAUUUAAAGAGCAAAGUUUACACUCAGUGCAAGAUUAUGUUAAUAUCAUAAAGGUUCUUUUAUUAUUAAAUGAUAAAACAGAGCAUUUAAAUGAAAUUGUUGUACCAGUUGUUGUUGACUGGCCUAGGCAAAUAUUUAUUUGA